ACCAGACUGUAUCAAUAGGGCACCUAACCUCAUAGGUAGUUCACAAGGGUUUGUAGGUGUCUCUACUUCUUGGCAGAAAUGGGAAGGUUGGAUAUGUGUGCCCAAGAUCAUCCUAGCUACAUUUCCUGCUGUAAAUGCUGGCACUUGCUUGAGAUUGGUACUGGGAACGACUCCAAACUGUUCUUCCUUUUGAUCAGGUUUUCACACUUUUCUUGACAUCAACAAUUAGCUCUGCAUUCCGAAGUGAGUGUUCUCUAGUCCAUUUUGCCUGUCAAACACAACACUUCACAGAGGUUUCUCUCUGAUAAGCACUUCACAAGGGCUAACUGGGGGGACCAGAGUUAGGGGCUAGUUUUCAAAGAUGUUACAGAAGAAAAAAAAAGGGUUGUUUUUAUAUCAUUAACAUUUCUAGAGAUACUAAAUAGAUCUUGUCCAAAAGACUUCUUUAUUAGGAGUCAAACACAAGUUUAUCAUGAACUUGUAGUUAGCCAGAAGGCAUGGAAGAGAAAAGGCUUGUAUCCUGAAUAGAAGCACAAGAGAAGCAGCAGCAGUUCGAAGGUAAGGAACUACUACUCACUGAAAGAGAAAAAACAGAAGAGUAGGCCUUUAUGUGUCUUGCUUCCUCUGCCUGUUUUCAGUCUGAAGCUAUUUAAAUCACACUUCUAAACAUUCAGCAAUUACUACAUCAAGAUCAGUUCCUUUUUUUGUACUUAGACCAUGAAUCAGUUCUUUUUCAUAGGCUUAAGGACAGCAAAAGAAACACUUGUGGAAAGGGACUAUAUUUAUAAUGCUUACUGGAAGACUUGUAUGAUAUAAUCUAGUAUAAAGAUGCUCUUAGGUUUCUGUUUGACUUCCCACAUCUUACACUAAUCAGUUUCCCCCCCUGCCCUGGAAGAGUGACUGUGUGCCUACUACAGUUAUUUUGGGGAACAUAUAUUAACCAGACAUGUACACUUGGAGCUUCAUCUUCCAUGGUUUAGAAGACACUGGUGAGGCUGCACCUUGAAUGCUGUGUUCAGUGUUGAUUGAGUUGCUGGAGCAGGACCAGAGAAGGGCAACAAAGCUGGUGAAGGGUCUAGAGGACAAGUCACAUGAGAAGCAACUGAGGGAACUGGGAGUGUUUAGUCAGGAGAAGAGGACUGAGGGGAGACCUCAUUGCUCUCCCUGAAAGGAGGUUGGAGUGAGGUGAGGAAUGGCCUCUUCUCCCAGCUAUCAGGUGAGUGAGAAGAAAUGGCCUGAAACUGUGCCAGGCAGGAUUUAGAUUGAAUGGUCGGGAAAAUGUCUUCACUGAAACAGUGGUCAGACAUUGGAAUAGGUUUCCCAGGAAGGUGGUGAAGUCACCAUCGCUGGAAGUGUUCAAGAAACGUGGAUAUGGCACUUUGGGACAUGGUAGUUUUAGGCUGACAUUUGGAUGGUGAUGAUCUUAGAGGUCUUUUCCAACUGAAAAAAAAAAGAAAAGAUCUAUGGUUUUAUUCUACAGAAAGGAAACAGAACGCAGCAAAGCACACACAUACACAGGAAAAAUAACAUCCAUCAAGACUGCAACUGCCCAAUAAGCUUUCAGUCACAGGUGUUUUUUCUUGUAAACCAAUUAGCACCUCAUGUGGAAGUAGUUCUGUCUUAACGAGCCUCUAGCCCUGGUUCCAAAGAGCUGUUUACCUUCCCUGUGCUGCAGCUUUCCUCUGAAGGCCCUUUGUGCUUCUGAGCCGAGUGGUGGCGGAGCGCAGCCGGGAGGAAAAGCGGUGCGGCUCCAGGGCUGGAAAAGCAGCUCGGGUGCGGUGGCUCUGAAGCGCGGCUUUUGAAACCGGCUCCCGAGUACAUGGUGCCAGCGCAGAGCUGCUGAUUGCAGCCUUCAGCCUAAACUUGCCACGAAGUGCUGGAUUUAUUGCCUGUCUGAUCCUGAAAACGCAAAACAUUAGGUGGCCGAUGCAGAAGAAGCACCAAACGCUCAUCCUGUUGAGAUGUCUUGUAGGCCAUCAUUAAUAGAACCUGCAUGUUCCAACCUUGACAUACAGGGAACUGCAAAGAUGGGGAAAACCGAUGCAGCUGCCAGACGUUUGGUUCCUCUUCCUGAUGUUACUGAAAGUGAACCAUCAAAAUCUAUUAAAAGAAAAAGAGUGCUCCCAUCUUGGAUGCUGGAAAGGGAUCUCCUGGCUGAGAGGGUUUCUGAGCCUGCAGUGAAAGGAGGUAAUAGGAUGAAAAAAGUCCAAGGAAGUGGAGAAAGUAAUAUGGAGUCAUUGAAAUCAGAUGUUCAGCAGAAAAAAAGAUUAGCUUCUGAAGAAACUGCAGAGGAUUUUGAAAGUGAAGAGCAAGAUCAAGGGAAAAGGAGCUGCCUUUCCACCCCUGGCUCUUCACCUCAGAAUGCAUCUGGAUUUCCUCUUGAGAGUACCAUGGAAGGAAGUGGCAAGACUGGAACAAAACCCCCUGGAAGUUUUCUGGAAAGCAGUGAUAGGCAGCUGCAUAGUAAAAGGUCUAAAAGAGUAGCUCAGAGCUCCAGUAAAGAAAAUAGAAGUGAGGAAACAGAAAACAAAGAGCAGAUUACUGGUCCUACAAGCCAACAAGCUCACUGGGGCAGGACUUCCCAAUACUGUGGUGCCCAGGAAGGGAUUCUUGAGCCUGAUGCAAAUCUGGAUUGCGAGACUGAGAUUUCUGAUUCAACCACGAGUGCAGAUGCUUCAGAAAGCGCCAAGCAGAUCAAGCGUAAGAGGACACCUUGCAUGUAUGGAACAGGCUGUUACAGGAAGAAUCCAAUCCACUUUCAGCAGUUCAGUCACCCUAAUGAUGAUGACUACCAUGAAGCAGAGACCGUGACUCAGGACAGCAACGAUAAGCGGCCCGAGUGUCCCUAUGGCACAGCUUGUUACAGGAAGAAUCCACAGCACAAGCUGGAAUACAAGCACAGUGCACCUCCAGUAACUGAAAGAGGAACCAGACAACGACCUUCAAAGAACAGAAAAAGGGCUGUGGAGAAAGACAUUGCCAGUGAUGAAGAACCAAAUGAAUAUGACCUUAACGACACCUUUACAGAUGAUGAGGAAGAGGAGUGUGAGCCUACCGAUGAAGACUCUGACUGGGAACCAAGUUCAGAAGACAAGGAUAAUGAAGAUGUAGAAACGCUUUAGCAAGAAGCACAAAGAUUCGCCAGGACCAAAGAGUAGCUGCCUGCAACAACAUUCCCGAUGCCCAACCUGGCUCUGUUGAAACAAGGAUGUGCAAAACUGCUUUGGAAACUCUUUUCUCAGUGAUGGAGGUGCUACAGGAAGAUGGUAAUGGUGGCAAAGGGGUUUCAGCAAUGCCUUCCUUUUCCAUGUGUAUUACUUCCACGGGUAGAGAUUUGGGUUUCAAGUGAUGGAGUCAGAGGAUUGAGCUCAGUGUUCUGUUGGGUUUUUUUCAUUCCUUUUUGCAGCGCCAUUGAAAUGCAAAUUGAAAGGUUGUUAAUGUUGCUUUUUCCUGUGCUUGAAAGAAACGCUGGUGUCAGGAAAGCCUUUUGUUCUGCUGAAAAAGUAUCUACUGUGCAGUAUUGAGGACUAAUCCUUAGCCAUCGCUGGAGUACAUUGUCUAAACCUUUAUUUUGAUGUUCUUUUGAGCUAGGGCGGUUUUAAACUUCAUUGGUCAGCCACCAGCAUUCCUUUUAGGUGUCAUUUCUUUGAUUCUGAGAUGUACAGUGGUUAGAUGCAGGUUGUCUAAGUCACUUGAGAGCAGUAUAUCAGCGUAUUGAACCACUUGGCUGUCCCAGCAACAGUUCUGGCCUGUUUGCUGCAAUUGCACAGUGCCUCUGCCCAUGCCUGUACAUCACUGCAAUAGUGUUCCCUUCACACUAAACCUAAAGUCUGCCUCUUUGCACGGUUAAACUUGUAACACGCUGUGGGAAAAACAUGCAGCUGUCUCACUUUGAUUUCUCAA